AUGAAAUUUGACGAGCUCAGAGUUGAUAAGUCUUUGAUAGAGGUAUGUGAAGAGAAUGGCAUUGCAGAGCCCACAGAAAUCCAAGAGCAGGUGAUUCCUGCGAUUGUUGGUGGAAGUGAUAUCAUUGCGGUUUCCCAAACUGGAUCUGGGAAGACCCUUGCAUUUGUUCUCCCGAUAGUUUCAUGUCUAUUGUCGAAAAACAGAUCCUUUUAUUGCCUAGUUAUUGCACCUACAAGAGAGCUAUCCUCCCAAAUAGCCGAGUGCUUUAGCAUGUUUGAAAAUACAGGGCUCCGGGUCUGCCUGCUGGUGGGUGGAACUAGCUUCAAUGUUCAGGCGAACCAACUUUCUAAGCAUCCGCAUGUUAUUGUUGGGACGCCGGGGAGAAUUGCCGAGCACAUUCUGAAAACAAAGUCAUUCAAAAUAGAAAGAGUAAGAAAGCUUGUUCUUGACGAGGCGGAUAGAUUUUUUGAGCAGGACUUUGUAGAAGACUUGGAAACGAUUAUUCGAAGUCUAAGAGAGAAAAGACAGACUCUCCUUUUUACGGCAACAAUGUCCGACGAGAUAUCCAAGCUGUCCAAUUCGAUAUUAAGAAGUCCCAAGACCAUCCGUGUUGUAGAGAAGUAUGAAACUGUUCCUACUCUGAAGGAGUACUACCUAUUUAUAGCCAUGAAAUGGAAGAAUUCUGCACUGGUUGAGUUGCUUGAAAUGAAUCCGGGAGUAUCUGUGAUUGUGUUUGUGUCUAUGUGUGUAACUGCCCGAGUAAUGUCUCUAGCACUAAGUAGGCUUGGAUUUCACUCAGAAGCAUUGCAUGGAGAGCUUAUUCAGGAGAAAAGGGAGGAGACCAUGAGAAUGUUCAAGGAGAACAAGUUCAGCAUUCUUGUUUGCACCGAUGUUGGAAGUAGAGGAUUGGACAUAAGUCAUGUAGAUCUUGUAAUAAACUUUGAUGUUCCGAAGAGUGGAAAGGAUUAUGUCCAUCGUGUUGGAAGGACAGCAAGGGCAGGGAGGUCUGGAACCGCCAUCACACUUGUGACCCAGUACGACAUUGAGCAACUCCAGAGAGUUGAGUUUGCACUAAAGAAAAGCCUAGAGGAGUUCGGGCACAUAAAAAAGGACUUCAAAUCGACGUACAGGAAGAUUGAGGAGGCCAUUGAAUCUGCACAGGAGAUUCUCAAAGAAGAAAAAAGAAGCAAUAGAAGAUAG